GUCAACAUUGGUGUACCAGGUUUUAGCUUCUGCUAGCCAGCAUAAUACUUGCAUGAGUUAAUUUGUUUUGUAUGCGUUUAAUGAACAACUACUUGACUCACAGUGGACCCCUGUCCUGUGCAGGGGCCUCAGCUUCUAACGUUGGGUUAACCAAUGUUCUGACUGAUGACCUGGCCAAAAAAGAACGCCUCCAACAGAGGCAUUAUGCGCUAUUCAGUGAGCUCCAGCAAAUGGCCAAAGAUGUGCCACUAAGCUGUCAGCAGCGGCUUCCUUAUGAACUUUUAUCAAGCCUCGCCAACUCUCUUCUGGAUGGCACUGUCAUCGACAUUGUCCGUGGCCUUAAGGACAUCCAGAUGAUGGAAGAGCAGAGCUUGAUGGAGACGCGCAGAACCGUCCUGAAGUCACAUGCGGAGACUAAAGCAGAGUUGCUUAGGCGCCAGAGAGAACAAAAAGAAGCACUCCUUCUGGCUGGAGGGCAGAGCCCUGAUUUCAUCGACAUGGCACAGGAGAAAGAAACCAAGGCGCUGGACCAGAUGCACAAGGACGAGCUCACCCGUGUCGAUAUGAGGAUCAUCACCCAGCUGGACCAACUUGUGAGUGAACAGCAAGUCGUCUUGGAAAAAGCUGGUGUUCCUGGCUUCUUUGUUACCAACAGCCCCAUGGAGAUAUCUAUCCAGAUGCAACUGCUGAUGUUUAUCACAAGGGUGGCUGACUCUCCCCUUUUCACGUCAUCUCUUUAGAAAUCCUCAUGACUGUCGUUCACGUCAGAUGACUGUGACUUUUCAUAAGCAUUACCUUUUUUUUUUUUGUGUUGCUAAACUGAGCUCCUAAACUGAGCCAAUCUGGCAGUGCCUUUGUAAAUAUAAUGUAAUAAAUGUCCUAAUCUGUGA